AUGAUAUCGGUGGACUUCGUCGGGCCGCUCACACGCUCCAAGCGAGGAAACACGGUGCUACUUGUGGUGGUGGAUUGGGUCAGCAAGUACGUGAUCGUCCAGCCGAUGCGCACGGCGGAUUCGCAGAAGAUGGUGGAGUUCCUGGAGAAGGAGAUUUGCCUGAAGCUCUCGCGUCCAAGGAUAAUACUAUCCGACAACGGAAAGCAGUUCGAGUCGAUGCUGUUCAAAUCAUGGCUGGCACGGCACAAAAUAAGCCAUAUGAAAACCGCAUUCUACUGCCCGCAAGUCAACAAUGCGGAGCGAGUGAACCGCGUCAUAGUCACUUGUAUCCGGUCGUUGUUGGAGGGAGAUCAUCGAGAAUGGGACGAGAACUUAUCGGCCAUCACCGCUGCGAUUAACUCGGCCAAGCACGAGGCGACAGGAGUGAGUCCGCAUGAAGCAAACUUCGGGAGGAACCUACUACUACACACGGAUCUCUACACACAGCAAGACUUGAAUACGCCGGAGGAUCCGAAGGUGGCACAGGACUUGCGUCUAUCAGCGAUUCGCCGAAUACAGCAGCUCAUCAUCCAGCGUAUCAAGAACAACCACGAGAGGACGAAGCAACGGUACAACCUUCGAUCAAGAGUAGUCGCAUUCAAGGUGGGAGACCUAGUCUGGCGGCGAUCAUUCGUGCUGUCGUCGAAGGCAGAUCAAAUAAACAGCAAGCUCGAACCGAAAUUCGUUCCAGCAGUCGUGAAGGAGAUCCUGGGAACGAACUUGUACGUUUUGGAGGACGUUUUGAGCGGCAAGAAAGGAAGGUACCAUGCGAAGGAUAUCAAGGCCGACUAA